CUCAAUCAAUCUUUCUUGAGGCGGAAAGGGCGGGCCAGAGCAGUACGGAGGCUCAUCAUGGCGGGAUGCAUGAAAAUGACAAACGGUUUCAGCCCUCUGAAUGCUAAACUAAGGCUUUCAGUAGUGCUUCUUUUCUGCUUACCGCACACAUCCGGAUUACAGGAACGAGGUAACCAACUCCGCGUGACCGAUCUUCGGGAUGGAGAGGAGUACGUCAUGUCAGGGUCCAACAGAUUCUGUUACAAAAAUUCAGUGUUUCCAAAUUGGAGGCAUACGUGGACCAGAAUUCAGGUCCAAGUGUGGAGUUCAAACGUGUUUAAGGUGGAAACUGUGGCGGGUGAGGAGCAGCUGCAGGACCUGGAUCGCUUCAGUAUCUGGGGCUGGUUCCAGAGCCUGUUACGAGAGCGGCACAAUGAAACCUCUAUUAACGUCAAUCUGUUCACCAAGGAGAUGUGCUUCAAGGUCGAUCCUGCUGACCAAACCAAGUACACUGUCAAGCCCCUUCGUAAGUUUGAUAUCUACCUGUUUUUGGUUUUCCUCGCUGGAGCGUCUUUGUUUGUCUUUGCAGGAUCACUCAGCAGGAGUCAACUUUUCUUCUACUCUGCUGGUAUGAGCACUGGCAUGAUUGCCUCACUCAUUAUACUCUUUUUCAUUUUGGCCCGCUUUUUGCCAAAGAAAAGCCCUUUUUAUGUCCUUAUUGUUGGCGGCUGGUCGUUUUCUGUGUACGCCAUCCAACUGGUCUUCAGGAACCUCGGCGUAAUUCUGCAAAACCACUGGAACGUGGUGUUAGGUUACGUUGCAGUGGUGGGAUUCAUCACUUUUGCUGUGUGUUACCGUUACGGCCCUCUGGUGGAUGCAAAGAGCAUUAACAUCUUGUCAUGGACGCUGCAGCUCUUAGGCCUACUCCUGAUUUAUUUAGGAAUUCAAAUUCAGCAAGUGGCAUUCUCCAUCAUCGUGGCAGCUGUGUUCUCGAAAAAUCUGGAGUACCCGGUGUCUCUGACGGUGGCUGCAUGCAGGAAAAUCAAAGGGUAUGUUCGCUGGAAGCCGGAGCCACGUCGCCUUUUGAGUGACGAAGAGUAUCAAAAGCAGGGGGAGGAAGAAACUUUACGAGCGCUAGAGGAGCUGAGGAAGCACUGCAACAGCCCCGAGUUCAGCCCGUGGAAGGCCGUGUCCAGGCUUCAGUCCCCGAAAAGGUUUGCUGAUUUUAUUGAAGGGUCUCCUCACUUGAUGUCAAAUGAAGUGUCCGUUCACGUACAGGAAUACGGCUUUGGAGGAUCCUUUUUUGAGGACGAGUUUUUCGACACAGACGACGACGAUGAGGAACAAGUCAACAUAAAGCCCAUGGUGAUACCCGAGUGAGACCGCUGUGUUACAAGACGUUCCGAAAACAGCGACAAUUUUAUUACUGCCUUUUCACAGAGGGGUCGGGGGGGAAACGGCUCUCCGGGGCUCCGCAAAUGUCCAGGCGUCCUGACAGAUUACUGCGGAAGUUGGAUUAAUAAAACUCUGAAUUGUGAUAUCGGUCUGGACUUCGAGUCCAGGCUCUGAAUGAAAAAAAAACAGACAGAACAGCGCGUGGUCAGAUCUGUCAUCGGUAUUAAUAAUAUGCAAGUAAUUUCAAAGAAUUUGCACUAAAGCCGAGUUUAUUUUCAGGGCUGUUAAAAUGGCGACACAGAAAUGAACUUUUUACUGUGUGAUGUUUAGUUGUUUGUCUUAAGCUUAGAAAAGGUUUUAAAGUUUUUAGUUUUUGAAGCGUGUGUUCAUCGCAGAGAUAUUGAACGUAAGCCUGGGAUACGCUCUCCCUGCGGUGAACUCGCAGCAUGAGACGGUUGUGGUUAAUAUUCUUUCAGCUCAGGGAGAAAAUGUUUGUUCAAGUUAGUAUUUAAUUGUUUUCAUUUUAAUGGACAUGAAGUAUUCACCUAAAGUAUUUUGAAUAAAAAAUAUACUCUUAAGCAUGAAUUGGCAUCAUUGUAUUGAUAAGAUUUGAAAUAAAAGGUGGCGAUGUUAAUAA